GGGGUGUCGUGUAGAGUUGCAUUGGACUGCAAGCCCAUGGGUGGGUUUACAGAUAAAUGCAUGACGGUUCAAAUGAAGGAGGAUCUAAUCUGACUGACACUUCAUGUUCUUUGCCUCAAAGCUUGACUCGGCUGUCUUCUGAUCGCUGUUACGGUGCGAAGCGGCGGCUGGCCAGCGGUGCUCGAAGAUACCGGCCGGUGUGUGGACUUCUGUCGCGUUUCACAUCACUUUUCAAUGAGUUGUAGUUAUAUAAGUGGUUUUACAGGACUCACUUGCUUGUCCGUCUUAUAAAAGUAAAAAUGAGCGCCGCGGUUUACGUUAUAUCCACGGUUACCGGAUAUGUGCUGUCCUCGGCAUUACUGCUGAAGUAUCCGUCGCUGCUGCACCGGCGAAAGAAAGAAGCCUUCCGGAGCAAACACAUCUCACACCGCGGCGGAGCUGGUGAGAACUUGGAGAACACAAUGGCAGCCUUCAGGCACGCUGUUCAGCUGGGCACUGACAUGUUGGAGCUGGACUGUCAUCUGACCAGGGAUGAGCAGGUGGUGGUGCUGCACGAUUCCAACCUGAAGCGGUCGACUGGAAUCAACGCCUACAUUUCUGAUGUGGCUUACGCUGAUCUUCCACCUUACCUUUGUAAGCUUGGGGUGACGUUCAAACGGGAGUGCUUCUGUGAAGGAGGAGAUGACAAACGCAUGCCUCUGCUAAGAGACGUGUUUGAAUCCUUCCCAAACACCCCUGUAAACAUCGACAUCAAGGUCAACAAUGACAUUCUCAUCAAGAAGGUGUCCGAGCUGGUUGUCCAGUACAACAGGGAGCAUCUGACCGUCUGGGGAAACUCCAGCAACGAAAUCGUUAAGAAAUGUUAUAAAGAGAAUCCACAAAUCCCAGUCUUGUUCAGUUUGCCCAGAGUGCUGCUGUUGCUGGGUCUUUUCUACACAGGACUCCUGCCCUUCGUCCCGCUGAAGGAGCAGUUCCUGGAGAUUCCCAUGCCUUCAAUCAUUUCCAAACUUAAAUAUCAUGAGCGUCACAAACGGAGUCAGCGUUUCAUAACAUGGCUAGCAGACACGCUCCUCAUGAGAAAAGCAUUAUUCGAUCAUCUGACAAGCAGAGGAAUACAAGUGUAUGUCUGGGUGUUGAACGACGAGGAGGACUUCAAACGGGCCUUUGACCUUGGGGCUACAGGGAUCAUGACAGACUUUCCCACCAAGCUAAAGGAGUUCAUGGACAAAAACAACUACACUAAAUAAGAUUUGUAAAUGAUCAAUUAGCUAUUCCACUGAUAUUUGGCCUCUAAAUGGGCCAUUUAAUUACCCAGCAUUCUUUGAUGUGUGUGUCUAUGAGUGUAGGUGUGGCAGCUAUCAGUUUUGCAUUCAUCUGCAAUCAGCGUCAGAGCCAUUUUAGAGCAUACAGGAUAUCUUGCAAUCCUUCUGUAGCUUCAAGUUCAUAGCAAUACACAUGAUCCAUAAAAAGCUGAGGUUAUGAUGAAAUAUCAGUCAUGUAGGGGUGAUGUCAUGAUAGUCAUGACAUUUCUGUGACUUUUGCUCUGCAGGCACUUUCAUUGUAUCAUUGACUCGCAGAUGAUUGUUUUAUUACGGAGGGGGGUGGGGGGUGUACUGUGGAAUUGUUGAGAGACCAAUAAUUAGAAGGUAUUAGAGAUUUUAUGUUUAUUGUAAUGUGUAUAUUUUGUUUUUGUAAAUCAGUUUAUUUUGUCAAUAAGAUAUUGUCAAUUUUGUGAUAAGUUGUGGCUUAAAAGAUGCCUCACUAUUGCUUGAACUGUUAAGUGUAGUUUAAUAUAUGACCAGUCUGAAUUCUGACACACUAACUCAAUCUUCAUUAUUACUAAGUCAACAUAACUUUAUGAUAUAACAGUAAUCAAGACUACAAAAUAAAACACCAUUGGAAGUAUGGUGGUUAUGUACCAUUAAAAAACAUCUUAUACAAGUGAAAACUCAUAUUUGAGCUGCUUCAAAACCUAUUUCUGCUUUUCCUUUAUAUCCACUCCAACUCAUCCAAAUACAUAUAGGUAAAAUUAGUGAACAAAAUUAUGCAUAGGGAAAUUUUUAUUUGUCAAGUAUUCAAGCAAAAGUCUUUAGGUCAGAAGGUUUUGUGAUCAUGAAAAACAACGUCAGUCAAGUGUGUCCAAGCUUUGACUGGUUGUGUAUAUUAUACACUGAAGAAUGAAGUUGUGUUGGAGUGUAACUGGGUCACAAACAAGUGUAGUAUGUAGUGGUCAUGUAACAUUUGAAUGUACAUUUGCAAUAACAGGAAAAGCGUUUAACUUAAAUAUGUUGGUGGUUUUACAGUUUUGCUGUAUUGAAAGGGAAAGAUAAACAGAAACAUUUUCUCACUCUUUUAAGGAAUUCCUAUGAAAAACAGAAUGCAUUCAAAAUUUGGCAUGACAGUAACUCACUCCUGAAUGGAGGUGAACUUAAGACUUUGGAUAAUCAAGCAUUUGUGGAGUUCAGAUGUUUCCCCUCUUUUGUGAAGUGUAUAUGGAUACAGUAACUCUUUGUGCUGUGUUUAAUUUUCUGGUUCAUAUUUUCUCAAAGCCGUUUUCAGUGGUUGUGUAUAAAUUUAUUGCACAGUUUUAAAUGUAAAAGAUAGUACUGUAAUUCAAAGAUUAGUUAUUAUAGAGGAUAUUUGGUAUCAGCAGCACAGUUCUGUUUAUAUUUGUGAAUAUGCUGCCAUUAAAUCUAUUUUAUAAAUGAAUUUAAACAGACUAUGUUUUACCUUUGUGUUUUUAUGGGCUAUCAAAGCAAUUAAAACCCCCCAUAAAACUC